AUGGAUGAGUCUAAUAUACAAAGGAAAUCACUGCCCGUGGAAAAUAGCUGCUCAUUGAUAACCAAAUUGAAUAAUUCUGUUUGUACUAAUACCAGUUCUUAUGAAGAAACUUCCCCUGAAAACUGCUCAGUAGAUCAUGAAGCAGAUUUGAAGCACUCCAGAGAGAACUUAUUGGUUUCUUAUAUUUUAAUUGCUUACUUCAUUCAUCGGGACAGUUUGAUGCAUGAAGAAGAACAACUUCAUGAUGAGGAAAAGACAGGCAGUGACGCCUUACAACAGGCUGGAGAAGUACUUGGCCAGAGUGCUCAAAGUGCAAUGGAUGUUGAAGUUCUUUGCAUGGAUCAUUUAAGAAAAAGUAGUGAUACUAGAGAUUCCUCUUUUGAAGACUAUGGUGGUUCUAAUCAUUCUGCAAAAGUAUGGCCAGCAAAUGGUUGUACAGGUGAAAGGGGAACUGGGAGGUCUGCAAAGAAACCUGAUAAAGGAAGGACUGCAAAAGAGGAGGCAUCCAAACGUGGGAAGGUUCGAGAAAUACAGAAAAAGCUAUCUUCCAUGCUUUAA